UACCCAAUUUUACUGUGAUUUACAUCUUCCCCAUUCUGAUCUGUAGAAAUCGACGUCAUUCCCCAACAAAUCUGUUCAAGUCAACCCAGGCCGCAACACAUGGACAAAAGUUUUCCCUGUCUAAUUUUAGCUAACGCUAAAACUGAGUAAACUAACAGAUCACAGAAAACGCUUUAAAAACCCCUACACAAAUCUCACAAUUCCAUGAUCUCUUCUGAUUGUUCUUACCUAUCAAUCGCAUAACUCUUUACCCUGCACAGAAAUGGCGGAUGAAAGAGGAGCUUCCUCCUCAUCAGCAGCGCUGCUACCCAAAUCUUCCCAAUCCGAAAACGCAGCGCUGUCGUCUGUGUGGAAAUCGUUCGGAAACAUUCUGAUCGCCAUUGUUGGGGCAGGUGUUCUUGGAUUGCCCUACACCUUCAUGAAAACAGGGUGGCUUGCAGGGAUUCUAAUUCUGGGCACUGUUGCAGGCCUUACAUAUUACUGCAUGUUGCUGCUGCUGUGGACCAAAAGAAAGCUUGAGAACGAUGGGUAUGUGAAAAUCAAAAGCUAUGGCGAUGUCGCUUUUACUGUCAGCGGACCCACUGGGAAAUUGAUGGUGGAUUGCAUGAUAGUGCUCAGCCAGGCGGGAUUCUGUGUCAGUUACCUCAUUUUCAUCGGCAACAGUUUGUCCUCUGUAUUAUCUGGCCCGGAAAGGGAGCCCAUAAGGAACCCUAAUCCUUACCUGGUGUUCCCCUCUGGAAAUGGGAAUGCACUCAGGGAGUACAAAUUGGCCGGAAUUGCUGCAAAAACGGUGUUUAUAUGGGCCGUUUUCCCAUUUCAAGUAGGGCUGAAUGCGAUUCGGGCUCUGACCCAUUUGGCACCGCUCAGUAUUUUCGCCGAUGGGGUGGAGAUUUUGGGAAUGGGGGCAGUCAUGGUGGAUGAUUUUGUCACUUAUUGGAACAGAAAAACGCCCAAUUUAGAAGCAUUUACUAAAUUGGGUAUGGUUCCUUACGGCAUUGGAGUGGCCAUCUAUUGCUAUGAAGGCAUGGGCAUGGUGGUGCCGCUUGAGGUUGUUGCUGAUAAGAAGCACAGAUUUGGGGGAAUUUUGGCUCUUGCUCUGUUUCUCUCCACUCUGGUCUAUGGGUGUUUCGGGGUCCUUGGCUACAUGGCCUUUGGGGCAGAGACCAGGGAGAUCGUUACUCUGAAUUUGGGGAAGAAUUUGAUUACAGAUCUGGUGCAGCUGGCCCUCUGCCUCAACUUGUUCUUCACCUUUCCUCUGAUGAUGAAUCCUGUGCAUGAGGUGGUGGAGAGCAGAUUCAAUGGAGCCCAAUACUCCUUUUUGUUGAGGUCUCUGUGUGUCCUUGUGACCACCAUUGUUGCUGUGUUUGUGCCCAAUUUUGCAGAUUUUCUGUCUCUGGUGGGCAGCAGUGUGUGCUGUGCUCUGGGUUUUGUAUUGCCUGCAUCUUUUCACUUGAUUGCUUGCAGGAAGGAAGGUCCAUGGCUUCAUGUGAUUGCUGAUGUUCUCAUCAUCUGUGUUGGUGCUCUGUUUGCAGUCAUGGGGACCCUCUUGUCUGCCAAGAACAUCUUCUUUUCCUCUGCUCCUCAGCAUUGAUGUUGAUAUUGGCAGUGGCACCAUUCAAUUGUAUGCUCUGGUAAUCUCCAUAUUGUAAAUUCAAUUCAUAUCAGCAGAAUUUUCUUCCAGUUUUUCAAGGACAUGAAGGCAGACUGGACUUCCUUGGGUGUUUAAAGGUGCUGAACUUGGGCACGACCCUGGUUAAAUUAGGCGUUAAAAAAUAAUUGAAAAUGAGGGGAAAGGCCUCAUUAACUAAGAAAUCUUAGCUUAGAUUGAAAACUCCUCAAUCUCCCAACUCUUUGUUUUCUAACAAAAUUCAUUUUUAAUUUUCAAUAUAUUUUGGUGGAUAAUUUCUUAA